UUUCACAAAUUUUCAUUGAAAUCCUUUUAUAUUUCCAAAUAUUUUAUUUUUUCGAUCCUUUUUCACCCCGAAUUCCCUGUAAUUUCUUCUCUUCAUGUAAAGUAGGACCCUUGAAUCCGUUUCUGUAAUAUUAUCUUUGGUUUUUCUGUGGGGUUUUGUUUCUAAGCCUUUAUUUUUAUUGAAUAGUAAGAACUUAUUUAUGGUAUAAGAUGAUUUUAAUGGAUAAUUCACUUUGGUUUGGAAAUUCUGUUUGUGAAAGCACCUUUUCAAGGUCUUAAUUUCUGAUUUUUUAUUUUCUUGGUGAGUUUCCUAGUUUUCUGGUUUUUUUUACUACGCCAGAAUUAGGGUUUUGAUUGUUCUCUGAAUUGAGAUGAUUUUCAUUGGUUUUAUUUCCGAAUAUAAGAAAACUUCUAAUAAAUAAUAUCUGAGGCUUGAAGUAGCUUUGGGGAUUCUCUAUAGAAAUCUGUUGUAUCACAUCGUUGUGAUCUAUUUUAAUUGUCUUUUUGGAGUUAAUUUGCAUUUGAUUUUUGUUUUAUUGGAGAUAUUUGGAAUUGGAUUUCACUUCUAAUUUUUCAAAAGUGUGUUUCUUUCUUCUAUAAUCAAUUGGAUUUCUCUUCUAAUUUUCAAAAAGUGUGUUUCUUUCUUCUAUAAUCUGCACUUUUUCUUGUGCAGUACUGAGUUAUUUUGGUCAAAAAGGGUUAUUGUUUAUUUAAAAAGUAAAAUAACAAACGCUAGGAUUUCCGGCGUCGGUUCGAGGGGGGAAUUCUAGGGUUUCCUUCUAUGAUUUUGAGGAAUUAUCAGCAAUUAUUGGAUCCAUAUGGAGGAAAGAAUUGAAAGCUCAAGCAGGCAUACAGAAGUUAAGAGUGGGGGACCUGAUUCCUUGAAGAAAGUAGCAGGUUUUCUGUCUAUGGGUGCACCCAAGCAGAAGUGGACAUCUGAAGAAGAAGCUGCUCUUCGUGCUGGAGUUGAUAAGUAUGGGCCAGGAAAAUGGAGGACUAUACUGAAAGACCCGGUUUUCAGUGUGAUUUUAGCGUUGCGAUCAAAUGUCGAUCUUAAGGAUAAGUGGCGCAACAUGAGUGUCACUGCAAAUGGGUGGGGAUCGCGGGAAAAAGCUCGUUUAGCACUCAAGAAAAGUCAACACUUCUCAAAGCAUGAUGAUAACCCUCUGGCUCUUAGUACAGUAGUUAAUGGCAUUGAUGAUGAAAUUGUUGAUGCAAAACCUCUAGCCAUGUCAAAUGGGCAUUUGCAAAUCACAGGUCCAAAGAGAACAAUAUCCAGGCUAGACAAUCUUGUAAUGGAUGCUAUUGCUAAUCUAAAGGAGCCCGGUGGAUCUAACAAGUCAGCAAUUGCUGUAUACAUAGAGGAUCAAUAUUGGGCUCCACCCAAUUUCAAACGGUUGUUGUCAGCAAAGUUGAAGACUUUGACAGCAAGUGGGAAACUUGUUAAGAUAAAGCGUAAGUAUCUAAUUCCUCCAAAUCGUAUGCUUGUGGAAGAGCGGAACUCUGGGGUAUUACUCCUCGAGGGGAAGCCUAGGGAUUCACCUCGUUCAGAAAGGAGCGAUGUGAGGCUUCUUACUAGAUCUCAGAUUGAUGCUGAGCUUGCAAAAAUGAGAAAUAUGAGCGCCCAAGAGGCCGCUAGAGUAGCUGCCCAAGCAGUUGCAGAGGCGGAAGUGGCCAUGGCUGAAGCUGAAGAAGCAGCAAGGGAAGCGGAGGCAGCUGAAGCAGAUGCAGAAGCUGCACAAGCAUUUGCAGAGGCAGCAAUGAUGACAUUAAAGAGCAGGAAUUCAUCAAAGCUGGUGGCCCAAGGUUGAGCCCGAAAUACUUUAUUCAGAAUAUGUAAAUUAGCAGUUCAGUCCUGGUGCAGUAACAAGGGUUCUGCAGUGGCUCACUGUUGCGACACUGGGACCAUUUGUAAAUAUCACUGAAACCACAUCAUCAACUGAUAAAAAUAUGGAAGUAUAUGUUGGUGGAGAUCCAGGAAGAAUUACAUUUUUAGUGCAGUGCACAUGAAUGGUGAGAAUCGCAUGCUAACAGGGUCCUUUUUUGUUUCAUUUUUCUUCUCUUUUUGAUGGGUGGUUUUCAAGCUGAUGUGGUCAUCAGAAAUUAGAAGCACAUUUUGGGCUUUAGAUCGAGUUGAGUUUCUACUAACGCCUAGAAGCACAAAGGCCUGUUAGACUCUUUGUACGAAUGUGCAGGCUUACAAACCCUAGAAAGUGAAAGAAGUGCCUGACUUUUGUGCUUGGUAAGCAGAUUUGCUUGCGGGCUGGAUUGUGCAGUUUGUGAGCCUGUAUAGGAUUUCGUUGAUGAUUUACGUCUAGCAUUUUACUUGUUACUCUUGUAAUCAUAUGUAUUGGGCUGAAAUAUGAAAGUGGAAUCUCUCUCUCUCUCAAACA